CACUUUAACCAUUCCUGAUUCCUGCCGUCCUGAUUCUGAAGUCAUCAUGGCAAAUAAGGGAGAUUCCAUCAUCCGCAUCCCCCCAUACCAUUUCAUCCAUGUGCUUGACCAGAACAGCAAUGUAGCCCGAGUGGAAGUUGGGCCCAAGACCUACAUCCGGCAGGACAAUGAAAGGAUACUGUUUGCCCCAGUACGUAUGGUGACAGUCCCACCACGACAUUACUGCAUCAUAGCUAACCCUGUAGCCCGGGAUCAAGCAGGUGCCCUUGUGUUUGACGCAGCUACAGGACAAGUACGACUUCGGCAUGCAGACCUGGAGAUCCGGCUGGCCCAGGACCCCUUCCCACUGUACCCAGGGGAGGAGCUGGAACAGGACAUAACCCCACUGCAGGUGGUUCUGCCCAAUACAGCACUGCACCUUAAGGCCUUACUUGACUUUGAAGAUGACAUUUGGGGCAAAAGAAUAGCAGGAGAUGAGUGGCUGUUUGAAGGGCCUGGCACAUACAUCCCCCAGAAGGAGGUAGAAGUGGUGGCGACAAUCCAGGCCACAGUGAUCCGACACAACCAGGCUCUUCGACUUCGGGCCCGGAAGGAAUGUGAGGACCGAGAUGGCAAACCAAGGGUGACAGGAGAAGAAUGGCUGGUACGUUCUGUGGGGGCUUACCUCCCAGGUGUGUUUGAGGAAGUUCUGGACGUGGUCGAAGCUGUGGUUCUCACAGACAAGAUAGCCCUGCACCUCCGGGCCCUGCAGAACUUUAGGGAUGUGAGAGGCAUCCUACGGCAUACAGGAGAAGAGUGGCUGGUCACCCAGAAAGAUACAGAAGCUCACGUGCCUGAUGUUUAUGAGGAGGUUCUGGGAAUUGUGAACAUCACCACCCUGGGUUCACGGAACUACUGUGUGAUCCUGGACCCCAUGGGGCCUGAUGGCAAGAACCAGCUGGGACACAAGCGCGUGGUGAAGGGGGAGAAGUCCUUCUUCCUUCAGCCUGGAGAGAGUUUGGAGGAAGGGAUCCAGGAGGUGUUCGUGCUGUCAGAGGAAGAAGGGCUGCUCCUGAGGGCCCUACAGCCCCUGGAGGAAGGAGAUGACGGGGAGAGGGGUGAGAAAAGGAGGGCCGGAGACCGCUGGCUGAUCAGGGGACCCCUGGAGUAUGUGCCCCCGGCCAAAGUAGAAGUAAUAGAGCAACGGAAGGCCAUCCCUCUGGAUGAGAAUGAGGGCAUCUAUGUGAGAGAUGUCAAGACUGGCAAGGUCCGGGCUGUUGUUGGUAAAACCUAUAUGCUGACCCAAGAUGAAGAGCUGUGGGAGAAGGAGCUCCCACCUGGGGUGGAAGAACUGCUGAGCACUGGGAAGGACCCAGUGGCAGAUAGGGGCGCUAUGGGGCAAUCACAAAGGGUAGUCUCCUGCCCCAGGGAUAAGACUCGAGUUGUGAGCUACCGAGUUCCCCACAAUGCAGCUGUACAGGUGUAUGACUAUAGAGAAAAGAAAGCACGGGUCGUGUUUGGGCCAGAGCUGGUGAGCCUUGGCCCUGAGGAGCAGUUCACAGUGUUGUCCCUCUCUGGUGGCCGGCCCAAGCGCCCCCAUGCCCGCCGGGCACUUUGCCUGCUGCUGGGACCUGAUUUCUUUACUGAUGCCAUCACUAUUGAAACGGCAGACCAUGCCCGGCUACAACUACAGCUGGCUUACAACUGGCACUUUGAACUGGGAGACCGGAAUGACCCAAAGAGGACUUCUCGGCUCUUCUCUGUCCCAGACUUUGUGGGCGGCUGCAAAGCCAUUGCCUCCCGGGUUCGGGCUGUGGCUUCAGUCACCUUUGAUGACUUCCAUAAGAAUUCAGCUCGCAUCAUCCGGAUGUCUGUCUUUGGGUUUGAGGAAACAGAGAAGGGACCUGGGGGGACUCCCAUGCCUAGCCCGCGGGACCGAGCUGUCUUCCCCCAGAACGGGCUGGUGGUCAGUAGUGUGGAUGUCCAGUCUGUAGAACCCGGCCAGCGGACCCGGGGAUGCCCUGCGCGGAGUGUCCAGCUGGCCAUUGAAAUCACCACCAAUUCCCAAGAAGCUGCAGCCAAACAUGAGGCUCAGAGAUUGGAGCAGGAGGCUCGGGGGCGGCUGGAGCGACAGAAGAUCUUGGACCAAGCAGAAGCCGAGAAGGCUCGAAAGGAGCUGCUGCUACUCGAAGCAGAGAGCACUGCUGUGGAAAGCACUGGAGCUGCCAAGGCAGAGGCGGCGUCCCCGGAGGCUGCUCGGAUUGAGGGAGAAGGAGCCAUACUCCAGGCCAAGCUGAAAGCGGAGGCCUUAGCCAUAGAAACGGAGGCAGAGUUACGUCGGGUGCAAAAAAGCCAGGGAACAGGUGAACUCAACUAUACUAAGGCCCAGAUGGAGCUGGAACUGAACAGGGCAGAAAUGGCUGAAGUAGAAGUUAAAAAGUUCAAGUUGAUGACAGAGGCGCUGGGCACCAGCACUAUCAGGGACCUUGCAGUAGCUGGGCCUGAACUACAGGUAAAACUGCUCCAGGGUCUUGGACUGAAAUCAACCCUCAUUACAGAGGGCUCCACUCCCAUCAAUCUCUUCAGCACAGCCACUGGGCUUCUGGGGCUUGGGGGCACCUGGGUAUCCUACUGAGCAAGAGAGAAAGACAUAGGGAAAUAGGGAUUUCUUCCAUACUCCAUUGGAGAGUUAAACCACUGUCCUUCCCUGAGCUCCUAGGGAGAAGGCUUUCUAUGUUUUAAGAUUUCACUGAAAAUAAA